AUGACGCAAUCGGAAGAUGAAUUACGGGAUUUGUGCCGGUUGAUGCGGGCGAUGCUGGUGCAAGUUGAAUUGGUGUUGGAACAGGUCGAUGGAGCUGAUGAUGUGACUGGGACCACUGCAUCGUGUGAGAGUGGGGAACAGAUGGAAAAUGAAAGUGACGACGAGAGUGAGCUUCGGGUGGGAAGUCGCGUGGAGGUGAUCGUAGCUGACCAGUAUGAAGGGAGAACUGGGAGAGUGACGAAACGUCGAGGAGCUACGCAAUGGUAUGUGCGAUUGGAUCGCAGAGGUGGAGAGUUGCGAGGGCCAAAGGUGUACAAGUGUGAAAGUAGUUUGAAGCUAUUGGAGUAG